CCGACCGGUCUCCCACUCCCCUAGUCACUUUUGCGGGAGGCCGCCCAUGGGGAUGGGGGAGAGAUCUAGACAGACAGAGGAUGAAGGACUUCGCGCUAGACGGGGUCUCUCUGGGUGGAUCUCCGGCCGGGCCCUUGCUAAUCUCAGAUAAUCGACCGACAUAUAUGCCGCCGGCCAGACGGAUCAGGAGGAGGCACGGCGCUCCCCGGCCGGCCGCCCGGACUGUGUGAAACGGUUACUGUUUUGCAUGCCGAAACUUGUAUAAAAUGGCAACGUAUGUUCCUCCUCUUCCCACACAUUCAGUUCAUUGCCUCAUCUCCCCCCAACUAUCAUGGACGUGGAGGGCAUGGAGGAGGUCUGUGCCGAGGUGGGGGAGGCAGAUGCUGAGGUAGAGGAGGCAGAUGGCGAGGUGGAGGAGGCAGAUGGCGAGGUGGAAGUCACACAAGGCGAGGUGGAAGAACUUGAGGAUGAAUUUGAGAGGAUUUACACAACCAUUCAAGAUCUUUUUCAGAAAGUAGAUCGUGGAACGAAUGUCGGAGCUGGUGAUUCAAGGUUCUCGGCUAGGGUAAGGUACAUUCGCAACACCAAUCUUGCGAUUGGACGGAGGACUACGUUGGAAUCUUCAUGUGAUGGAUGCUUGUUCCCGGCAAUGUGCCGUAACUAUGGUGUUCGAGAUGAUUCUUCGAUAUUCCGUUGUCUAGCUUGCUCGUUGCCGGUGCCAAUGGACGUGGUACCUUGUGAUGUGUGUGGAAAUCCACUUCUCUGUGACGACUACUCGUGCAAGGACUGCACGACGAUUGUCGGAGUAGGUGAAGAUGGUGUGUGUUCUCGUUGCGGUCGCAACACCACUGCAGUUGCCGAAGAUGAGAAUGCAUUUGUGGCUGACAUCGAGAUGAAUUAGGGUUUAUGUUGAGGAAGAAAUAGCCAUGUCUCUUGAUGUGUGAAGAUGGUGUGUGUUUUAUGAAUCAUGAUCUUGUUG